AGUUCCUUCCACCUUUCUCGCCCUUUCUUCUCGAACAACACGCUACCGAUACGGCCUACCACCAACAUAUACAUACCACUACACUACCUAUUACCUAGUCAAGAAUUGAACUGGGACAAAAAUUGACGGGUAGAAAAAGAAACGAAAAAAAAGAAAAGAAGAAAGAUCAUAUAUACAAUACACAAUGGAGUACCGGACAAAACAACCCGAGAACCUCUCCUCGCUCCAGCGAUUCGGCCGCUGGCUCCGUCUGAAGCAGUACCAGAUCGAGGUCACCUUCGGCGUGUACAUGUUUACGCCCACCGAGAAGUUUCUAUUCUGGUCCGUCGUGUUCCUCCUCUGCGGCCUGCUCCUCAUCGCCACCAUCCUCUACCUCCCGCAGCACGUCCUCUUCAUCAUCAACCGCGCCUGGUUCUACGUCAACGGCGGCGACAGCAGCGUUGCCUCGAACGUCGUUGCCGGCAACAAGGACGCAUUGUCUUUGGCUACGUCGUCCGCCACUACCACUUUGGCUGCCGCCGCUACCGAGACUGCCGAGAGGAUGAGCCGCGAGUUGUGAUGUGUGACUUGGAUUUGGGGGGGUUCUCUUUUAAAUUCACGUCUUGAAAAGAUACCUUUUCUUUUCUUACGUGGGCGUGGGCGUGGAUGUGUGUGUGU